CUGUCUGAAUUCUCAAAAGGAAACUCCUCUUUGUCUUUUUACAUAUCGAUCUAGAUCUAUCAAUCGAGUCGAAUUAAGGGUUUUCGUUCCAUGAUGAAACGCAAGGAACAUGAGAAGGGCAGCCGAAGCAUCUUGGAACCGAUCCCUCUUGAUCUGAAGAAGAAAAAGAUGUAUACUAGAUCGCCUGCAAAGAGUGUCUACGAGCCAAGGGACAAUGGCGUUGGAAGCGGCGACAAGAGGCCAGGUAAGAAGCUACAUGUCCUCCUCCCUUACGAUAUGGAGGUGGAGACACUGACUAGAUUGCCUGGAAAGUCUCUUAUGAAGUUCCUAUGCGUGUCCAAGAUUUGGUAUUCCCUUACCCGAAGCCAAAGAUUCGUCGCUUCUUACUACGCUGCGAAGCCAUCCCGUUUUAUAGCCGCUUUCACCAACAGUGUAUUUGGUAAACCCGAGCGUCUGUUCAUCUUGUCGGGAGAGGAGGAGGAAGCUUCUUCUUCUUCUUUGGUUGCCAAUCUAGACAUGACAAUACCCUCAGUGACCUUGCGUCACGGCAGCUUCAAGUAUUCUUCCGUCCAUGGCUUUCUCGCUUGUUCUGAGGGGUUAACGUUCAUUAUAUGUAACCCUAGCACGAGGCAAGUCAUAACCUUUCACUGCAAGGCAAAUGGCACAUGUUUGGGAUACGAUCCUGUUGAUGAUCAAUUCAAAGCGUUGACCCUGUUGACAUCUAGGUAUGAUCUUAUUCAUAACCCUAGUCUCAUGUGCAUGCACGAGGUUAUAACACUUGGAAGAGGAGGACGAGUUGUAUCUCGUACCCAAGUUACCUCCCCGCCUUAUCGCCGUAUGACUGUGGGACUAUGCAUCAAUGGUUUCAUCUAUUAUGGUGCUUCUGUUCCAAAUCAAACCGAAGCGUCUCCUCCUCCUCCUGUGUUUGUGUGUUUUGAUGUUAGAAAUGAGAGGAUACUAAGUUUUAUCACUACGCCUAAGGAUGUCCUGGUUUGGAAGGGCUUUACAUCAUUGAUAGAAUACAAAGGGAAGCUAGCUGUCGUUGUACCAAUCUGUUUGGGAGGUGCUUCUUCUUUCGACCGUUUUAAUCUUUGGAUACUGGAGGAUGUGACGAAACAUGAGUGGUCCGGACAAUCAUUUGAGCUUCCCUCGUCUCUUCCCUUCACUCUUGGGAUGGGUGAGCGUAUGAUUUCCCAAGGAACCAACAAGGCUGGUGAAAUCAUUUUCUCCCCAUCAACUCUGCCAGACCGUGCCCAGCCCUUCUAUGUUUUCUUCUUCAACCCAGACACGAAGAGCACGAGAAGAGUCAGGAUCCACGGAGUCGCUGAUACUGAAGAGGUCUGGAGCCGUUAUGGACUCACAGGCAUAUGCUGCGUCUCUUUCUCACCCCAACACAAUGAUAGUAUUGCUUUUCUAUAAAUGUGUGUUUUAUAUGUGUAAGAGCUUUGUUUGACAAACAAAAUCCUCUGGGGAAUUUUUUUUUCCAUUUCCUUCUUUGCUUUUGUUUAUUCUAGUUUCACAACUCUACUUGUGUAUUGUGUAGUAUAUGCACUAGAUUUCUUUCAACUUAUCUUGCUACCUGUGUUCUCUGUUUGUAUAAGGAAGACAACUAUGCUUAUACGGUUAGUCUGUGUGGAAAACUUCUGAUUUCUUUAGUUUUACA